AUGGCCCAACUGUACUACAAAAAAGUCAACUACUCACCUUACAGAGACCGUAUCCCCCUGCAAAUCGUGAGGGCUGAGACAGAGCUCUCUGCAGAAGAGAAGGCGUUCCUCAAUGCUGUGGAGAAGGGGGACUAUGCCACCGUGAAGCAGGCCCUACAGGAGGCUGAGAUCUACUACAACGUCAACAUCAACUGCAUGGAUCCUCUGGGCCGGAGCGCCCUGCUCAUUGCCAUUGAGAAUGAGAAUUUGGAGAUCAUGGAGCUACUGCUGAACCACAGCGUGUAUGUAGGCGAUGCAUUGCUCUACGCCAUCCGCAAGGAGGUGGUGGGCGCUGUAGAGCUUCUGCUCAGCUACAGGCGGCCCAGUGGAGAGAAGCAGGUUCCCACUCUGAUGAUGGAUACCCAGUUCUCUGAGUUCACACCGGACAUCACUCCCAUCAUGCUGGCCGCCCACACCAACAACUAUGAAAUCAUCAAACUGCUUGUUCAAAAACGGGUCACUAUCCCACGGCCCCACCAGAUCCGCUGCAACUGUGUCGAGUGUGUGUCCAGUUCAGAGGUAGACAGUCUGCGCCACUCCCGCUCCCGUCUGAACAUCUAUAAAGCGCUAGCAAGCCCCUCACUCAUUGCCUUAUCAAGCGAGGACCCCAUCCUAACUGCCUUCCGUCUGGGCUGGGAGCUCAAAGAGCUCAGCAAGGUGGAGAAUGAGUUCAAGGCGGAGUAUGAGGAACUCUCCCAGCAGUGCAAGCUCUUUGCCAAAGACCUGCUGGACCAAGCUCGGAGCUCCCGGGAACUGGAGAUCAUCCUCAACCAUCGAGAUGACCACAGUGAAGAGCUUGACCCUCAGAAGUACCAUGACCUGGCCAAGCUGAAGGUGGCAAUCAAAUACCACCAGAAAGAGUUUGUUGCUCAGCCUAAUUGCCAACAGUUACUUGCCACUCUGUGGUAUGACGGCUUCCCUGGAUGGCGACGGAAACACUGGGUAGUCAAGCUUCUUACCUGCAUGACCAUCGGAUUCCUCUUUCCCAUGCUGUCUAUAGCUUAUCUGAUCUCACCCAGGAGCAACCUUGGGCUGUUCAUCAAGAAACCCUUUAUCAAGUUUAUCUGCCACACAGCAUCAUAUCUGACCUUCCUCUUCAUGCUUCUCCUGGCUUCUCAACACAUUGUCAGGACAGACCUUCAUGUACAGGGGCCUCCCCCAACAGUCGUGGAAUGGAUGAUAUUGCCUUGGGUUCUCGGUUUCAUUUGGGGGGAGAUUAAGGAAAUGUGGGAUGGUGGAUUUACCGAAUACAUCCAUGACUGGUGGAACCUGAUGGAUUUUGCAAUGAACUCACUCUACCUGGCAACCAUUUCCUUGAAGAUUGUGGCCUAUGUAAAGUAUAAUGGUUCUCGUCCAAGGGAAGAAUGGGAAAUGUGGCACCCGACUCUGAUUGCGGAAGCACUGUUUGCAAUAUCCAACAUUUUAAGUUCGUUGCGUCUCAUAUCCCUGUUCACAGCCAACUCCCACUUGGGGCCUCUGCAGAUCUCUUUGGGGCGCAUGCUGCUUGAUAUCCUCAAAUUCCUCUUUAUCUACUGCCUGGUACUGCUGGCUUUUGCCAACGGACUGAACCAGCUUUACUUUUACUAUGAGACCAGAGCGAUCGAUGAACCAAACAACUGCAAGGGAAUCCGAUGUGAGAAACAGAAUAAUGCCUUCUCCACGCUGUUUGAAACCCUUCAGUCGCUCUUCUGGUCUGUAUUUGGCCUUCUAAAUCUCUAUGUUACCAACGUGAAAGCCAGACAUGAGUUCACAGAGUUUGUGGGAGCUACCAUGUUUGGGACAUACAACGUCAUCUCCCUGGUGGUGCUGCUGAACAUGCUGAUUGCCAUGAUGAACAACUCUUACCAGCUUAUUGCCGAUCAUGCCGAUAUUGAGUGGAAAUUUGCAAGGACAAAGCUCUGGAUGAGUUACUUUGAUGAAGGCGGCACCUUGCCACCUCCUUUCAAUAUCAUCCCCAGUCCCAAGUCAUUUCUCUACCUUGGUAACUGGUUCAACAACACCUUCUGCCCCAAAAGAGACCCUGACGGGAGACGGAGGAGGCACAACUUGAGAAGCUUCACAGAACGCCAUGCUGACAGCCUGAUACAGAAUCAACAUUACCAGGAAGUUAUCAGGAAUUUAGUCAAAAGAUACGUGGCCGCUAUGAUAAGAAAUUCCAAAACGAACGAGGGACUGACAGAAGAAAAUUUUAAGGAAUUAAAGCAGGACAUCUCCAGCUUUCGAUAUGAAGUACUCGACCUCUUAGGAAAUAGGAAACACUCAAGGAGAAGCUUUUCCGCAAGCAGCACCGAACUGUCCCAGAGGGAUGAUACCAAUGAUGGCAGUGGUGGGGCUCGGGCCAAAUCCAAGAGUGUCUCUUUCAAUUUAGGCUGCAAGAAAAAGGCCUGCCACGGGCCACCUCUCAUCAGAACCAUGCCAAGAGCCGGCGGUGCCCAAGGGAAGUCAAAAGCCGAGUCAUCAAGCAAACGCUCCUUCAUGGGUCCUUCUCUCAAGAAACUCGGUCUCCUAUUCUCCAAGUUUAACGGUCAUAUGUCUGAACCCAGUUCAGAGCCAAUGUACACCAUUUCGGAUGGCAUCGCUCAGCAGCACUAUAUGUGGCAGGACAUCAGAUAUUCUCAGAUGGAGACCAGGAAAGCAGAGGCCUGCUCUCAAAGUGAAAUUAACCUCAGUGAGGUAGAAUUAGGGGAAGCCCGGGGCGCUGCUCAGAGCCGUGAAUGCCCUCUAGCCUGUUCCAGCUCUCUCCACUGUGCAUCCAGCAUCUGUUCCUCGAAUUCUAAACUUUUAGACUCCUCAGAGGACGUCUUUGAAACUUGGGGAGAGGCUUGCGACCUGCUCAUGCACAAAUGGGGUGACGGACAGGAAGAACAAGUUACAACUCGGCUCUAAGUCAGACCCCUACCACCUGUUCUGGAACUCAAGAGAAACUUUGUAAUUUCCUUGCCCUCAAAGGUGACACGGCGUACGACUCCCUCAUUGCCC